AUGGUAAAAGUUGACCCUUUUUAUAGAAAAGAUAGUAAAGAUGCUCAGGAAUGGAUUGAAAUAUUCCUAAAAGCAAAAGAAGCUAAUGAAUGGUCAGACAAUAGAAAAGUAGCAAUAGCA